ACUAAUCUCGAGACCAUUAAGCUUGCGCCAUCGCUUAAUUCGCUAUAGCUAAUUGUUCAUACGUCAAAUUUGGCUACAUAAUCUGCCUUAUAAUCACAACAACGACAAUACAAUAACGUCUGGUUAUUUAUGCCAAAUAUAGCCAGCUUGCCAUUAUCUAUUGAGCAUAUUAUGCCGGGUGAUGUGCUCAGCCACCGUUUGGUGGUAAUUCCUGUUUUUAAAAAAAUGUCCAUCUCAUAACGAGGGGACUUCUGAUAAAAUAAUUUGCUGUGGACAAUGGUAUGAAGCCAGCCCUGGAGCGUUGGCUCUCGUUUUAUGCUCUCCUCAAGCUGCAUGUGUCAUCGAUGCUCGAUUUGACCCUGUCAAUCCGCCAAGAUGUACAUGAUCAGUGACUAGACAUGUAUAUUGUUUAAUGUAUUAUGCUUUUUAUGAACAGUACUAUGCAGCUUGGUCGAUAGAAAAAUAUUUGUCUGAGAAAAUCUAUUGAAUAAUGCACGAUUACGGAAGAAAAAAAACAUGGUUAAUGCUCAGCGCUAUUUUUAUGGCGGGCAGAAUGAAUUCGUUUUAGCCAGAGAGCAUUCUGAGAUAAUCCUAGAGCAUGAAUAAAACAUGCAUUGUACUAGUAAAUAUCUUUGGUCGACAUAGUUUUGAGAUGUCAUUUCGGGAUUUGUGAGUGUUUUCGACACAAUACAUACAUCUGUCUCCUGUCUGUUGUAGGCGGCCUUUUAGCUACAGCCCAUUUAAUCCCCUCCCAUGAUGCAUUGUGCUCAUCCCAGUCCCUACUGUAUUUCCUGUUUAUUGUUGCUGCUUUGUCUGGUCAUUUUCUUUCGUCCUCAAAUGUAGUAUAUUUACUAACAUUUUCUAAUUGCUAAUCAUUUCUGGUGUUUUGCUCAAGCUCGUGCAACCGUUUAACGUAGCACCACUCCUACUGAAGCAAACGUCGUUUUUUGUUUAGUUUUCUCCAGUCAACGUAAUGCAAAGCACUUCCUCGGUUCAUUUCCACACAAUUCAACUCCACGUUCGAUAGUGAAAGUACAAGGUUGGGGGAGUCUUAUUGUACCAUUGGCCCUGUAAUUCCAACGAGACCAAAAGUUACACACAUUGACAUUUGGGGUUUGCUCCAAUGGAGGACUCUGAGACUGACUUGACUUCGUCUGAACCGGAUGCACUUGGGGCAGACUUCAUCACAGUGGAACUGGAUACCCAACCCAUAGAAUAUGUUGUCAAGUGGGCAGAGGUCGGGUCCAAGUUCACAAUAUCCUGUGUGAAAAAGGAGGCGGACGAGGGGUCUGGCCUAAAUCUGGAGCAUGUGAAGGCAGAGCCAGACGAGCCCUUCUUUGCCCAGUAUGAAGAGGAGUUCCCUGGCUGUGAGAUAGCAGAACAGAGUGUUGUAGUAAAGACGGACGACUCGGAUGAGGAUGACCACACUGAGCCAGGGAGUAGCCAGCUGGUUCCUGUUGGAGAUGGCUCUGAUUCGGGCUCAGAGAAAUGGGAAUAUAUUUCACCAGGGGGAUACUAUAGCUGCAACUACUGUGGGAAAUGCUACAGUCAUUCCUCAAGCCUAUCAAGACACCAACAAUUGCACACAGGAAAGGCACCCCCACCCCCAAACAAGCAAACAGAUACAGGGUCAGGUGAGGGGAACAAAUACAAAUGCACGCAGUGUGCAAUGCGAUUCAAAAGCAGAAGAGCUCUCGGAACUCACCUGAGAACACACCGGGGCAUGAGAGUUUACCCAUGCAACAUCUGUGGGAAGGAUUUUAACCAUAGCUCCAGCUUGUCGCGUCAUAGGCUCAUCCACAAAAAAGGGAAGGGUAUUCCCUCUGGUGUCAUACCUGCUGAAAUCAGUUAUGUCCGCCGCCCACCUGGCAGCAGGAAAAAGAAGAAGCAGGCUGAUGAGAAGAAGAUCCCUGGCGAAAAGAAGUUUCCUAUCAGGAAGAACCUCUCUGGAGAGAAAUUCUACGCGUGUACACAAUGUGAUAUGACCUUCAAGAACUCCAUUGGCCUCUCAAAACACCAGGUCUCUCAUGUCAAGGACCUGCUUAAUAACUAUGCCCACGGUAAAGACGGUCUUACCAAGUCCUCUGACUUGAAAAUACGCCUCAAGUUGUGCUCGAGGGACAAACCCAACUUCUACACCCUCUGUAAGAAGAACAAGCGAUCAAGAGCUGCCAAGCGCCAGCGCCAAGCAUCGGUCUCUGAGGAAGAGGAAGGACCAUAUGCAUGCGAGCAGUGUGACAAGCGCUUCAGCCAAGUGCAGAGCCUCACCAGGCACCAGCAAAUGCACAAGGGAGACAACAAGUUCAGCUGCUCUUACUGUAAAAAGACCUUCACCAGAUUGUCCAACCUCCACCACCAUGAGAGAUCUCACUCCACAGGGGGGAAGUAUGAAUGCACAACCUGCAGCAAGACAUUUGUGCACUCGUCCAGCUAUUCCAGGCACAAGCGGCAGCACGCAGAGGAGGAGGCCCGCCAGCGGAAGGGCAUAGAUGAGAUGGAGCCACUUGAUUCAGACUCUGAGUGAGCGCAGUCGUGGUCUGCUCUUGACUGCCCACACUCAGCUGUCAAAACUCUGGGUUUCAGGGGUUGGGAGGUUUGGGGGGGAUUUUGUUUGGGACUGGAAUUGGCUUUACUCUUGGUAUGGUAUCAGCAAAUUGGAUCUUGGGAUGGGGUUAGGAAUUUGGGUUCCCCACCCCCUUCCCCCUCAUACACAUUUUACCUAAAUUGCACUGACAAUGUUGUCCUCUGCUGCUCAUGCAAAACAUAUUUUGAUUUAUUUUGUUAAUUCCCUUUUGGCCAUGUUUCGUUACAGGUUUAGGGUAAAAGUGUUCCUAGAGUCUCGCCAGCUGUGUAGUAUAUCGGCCAUGUCAAGAUAUCACCCUUACCACACACAUCAGAAAACUGCUAUAAAAUGCUUCUGAUAUCGAGUAUACACCCUUUUCUGUAUGUAAUCUUUUUUUUCUUUUUUUUAUCUCUGAUGUGACAAAGGGUCAAAAUGAAAACCUUGCCAUCAAACUAAAUCCGGAUUUGACCUCAGUGGAUUAAUCUGAUGUCUGCACUAUACAGUCUCUGGUUCAAUCAAGCUUCUAUGGUUUAGCCUCUGAUUUGUAUCUGUUCAUGCAAGUAAUCUGAUGCUGAAAAAAUAACGAAGAACUUUGAGGGAAAAAACAAAGGGAGGUUGAUUGAAUUCCAGGCAUCGCCAGUAAAUGUGCUAAUUAUUAAUCCUUCAAUCAGAAAACUGCGUUCUUUUCCUGUCCCCUAUUCCACAUCACUUGAUUAAUGAUCUUAAUGACACACAGUGGUGAAAUGAAAAGACAAUAUUUAUUUCUACAUGUUUGGGAUAAUUGAUUUGUAUCUUUUUUUGAAAACUGCUAGUGUUGAGUGAUCAACCAAGUUCUCAAUUAGUUUUAUUCUUCUACACAGUGUUCAGAUGAAUGUUCAGAUUGUUGAUUUAAAGGAUUUGUCCAAAUAUUAAGUCCAGUCAGAUCCUUAGAACUUGAAUAUGCUAUAUUUGAUAUUUGUCAACAUAUACUGCAAUUACCACAACGUAUACAACUGUGACUCCAUAUAUAUGUAUGCAUGAUGAAUAUAACAUGAGAAUAGUUUACAAUAUAUGUCGUUUUUACAUCUGCUGUUCCUGUGUGUGUAAAGCAUUGCUUUUGUGAAAGUGAGAAUAAUUGAGAUAUUUAAUAUGUGCAGUGCAUUUUGACAAAAACACUCAAAUAUUCCUGGGAUUAGGGAUUUAAUAUUUUGUUCAAGUAUUUGUUUAUUGAGGUUGUAGGGGAAACUGCACAAUUUAUUUAUGAAUUGGGAACAAAGGUGCAAUUGAAAUGGUAGUGAAUGUGAUUCACAUCCAUGGCCAUCGUUGGAAACACCUUUUAGGUGGAAACACCUUCCCCAUUUGCCACCAAAGUUCCACCUUUUCAGGUGUACCUUUCAAAAUCUAUUACCAUUCACAGAAAUAUUAUCAAGUGCUGUCAACUACUUACUGUGUAUCUCCAUAAUGCUUGUAUACAUGCAUAGCCAGAUGGAUUUCCUUUUCCAGCUAAACUGUUCAAUUAUCUGUUCAGAGUGCUUAACUAGUCUCCUGUUCAAUGUUUUGUAUUUGCUUUAAGCACAACCAGGGUACUCUGAACAAUGAUCAACACUUGACUUUGUGAAUACCAUUUGCUGUUUGAAUUGGUAUUUUAUUUGUGACUUCUAACCUCUAUUUCUUUGAGUGUUUGAUAAUGACACCUAGGGAAAGUGUAGUGGCAUGUAUCAAGCACAGACCCAGUCUAUUGCACCCACAAUGAUAAUUGAAGAUGGAACAAUUAUGAUAAAGGCUUGGUACUUUCCCUGUAUUUAUGUUACUAAAUGUUUUUUUUUGUUUGUUUGUUUUUGAAGAGCUAGAUUCCCCUGCUUCCCUUAAACCUUAGUUGAGUCGGGUUAAAUAUAGUUUUGCAUUUUUUUGUUUGUGGUUCUGGCCUUUUUCUCCAAUGGCAAACGUUCUUCUCUCUUAUUUUUCAGCAAUCUCAGCUUUUUGAAUUCUGAAACUCAUUGUUUUCUUUUUCGCUGUCAUUAUUUAAUUUUUUGAUGCAGCGGACCUACAUCCUAUAGAGAGGUGUAUGUUUUUUGUAUUGUGUUUUCCAUUAGAAUACAGUUGACAUGUUUUGUCUUGCGUUUUGGUAAUAAACCUUUCAUGAAAAAAAAAAUG